UUGCCCAACCGCCAGCAGCUGGAGUGGCUUUGCACGGAGAUUGUCUGGACUCCGGAGACUCACUGAUGCUCACAAGUCAACAAUGGCCAAUCCCCCUGUCACAUGUGGAUCGCUCACUGGACAACACAUGUACAUGGAAACGGGCGAUUCUGGAACCGCAGGGAUUGCCACUAUUACAAUUGGACCUAUGAUUGGCACCAGAACAUAUCAGAUCAAAGUCACUUACCUUGAAUGUAGCAACCUAAGCAAAGCUCCUACUGACUGUGUCCAAUACUUCACGGGUGUGAGAGGAGAGUUCCAGUCUUAUAACUUUCAGGGAGGUCAACUCAUUAAACAAUCAAAACUACGUGACAUGCAUUCGCAAGAGACGGUGAGUUCUACAAAGCUUCGUUUUUACAACAUUUGA